AUGCGAAAGGUCCAAAAGGAUCUGGUGGCGAUGAAGGUGGUGGAGCUCAAGGAGGAGCUGGGCGAGCGUGGCGAGGCCCUCUCGGGCAACAAGGCGUGGCUGCGCCGCCGGCUGCACGCCGCUAUAGUGAGCGAGUAUUUGGAGAGCGCCGCGGGCGCUGCCGGAGAGUACGUAGAAUUUGGAACCCUGUCGACCCGCGUUGAGCUCAUACGCUCGUCGGCAGUGCUGGCUCUGAGACUAAUGGGGCCGCCACUGUCUCCGACUGCGAUCGGCUACGUGCUGAACUCGGCGGCCGCCGCUUCACCUGUGCGUGUUGAGAUGUUCCUCGACCUCAUCUGUCCCUUCUCGCGCAAGAUGUUUGUCACACUCACCGAGGGCAGGGUGAUCGAGCGUGCUGGCGACCGAGCGUGCUUUGUGCUGCACCAGGUGCCUCAGCCGUGGCACGCGCAGGGCUCGUACGUGCACGAGGCGGCUCUCGCGGUGAAGGAGGUCGCGCCGGAUCUGUACCCAAAUUACAUUGGCGCCAUCUACGAGUGCUUUGACAAGGGUAAGUUCACCGACCGCGACACGUGGGAGAAGUCACGCACGCAGAUCAACGCCGAGCUGUGCGACCUGGCGGCGUCCGUCGGGGUAGACCGCGCCGCGACGGCGGCGAAGCUCGCGAUGCGCGCCUCCGCCGACGGCAACAACGUGGGCAACGAGGUGACGCAGGCAGUCAAAUGGAUCUGCAAGCACCACCGAACGCGCGGCGUGCACGUCACUCCGACGGUGCACGUCAACGGGCUCGAGGCGGGCAUCGUCUCCAGCGGGUGGACACCCGAGCAGUGGCUCGCCUUUCUCGAGCCAAACGGCGCCGACUUUUGGCAGGGCUCGAAGUUGCAGUGA